CCAGAUUUGACCCGAUACCGAUCGGAUGGUCGGUGGGACUGUCUCCUGUCUUGUCUCUUUCGUCUCUUCGCAAUCACUGACAUAUUGCUACACUCUACAGGCGUCGGCGUAGAAACCGGCGGGGGAUGGGGGUCAUGACCUCUCCGAACCAAGGGUCUUCCUUCGAACCAGGGUCCUUCAAUCGGUUUUGGCCUAGCAAAAAUAGUCACGUGUUAACCUCUCUCUAUUUAGAAAGGUGCUACCUACUUGAUGUUUGGCCAGGGUAAUAGGUUGAUACUACUGAUUGACGUUUGCAAGGGCGCAGUCAAGUUGGGACCUCCCCCGCCGCUUACCACCAAUGUUGGAGGUGUGUCCCAGUUCGGACUGGUGAAUGUGGACCAUCUUCCGCGUGCUUCUCACUGACAGUGUCCGUCCAUGCUCAAUACAUCCUAAACACCUGUUGGGAGCACUAUGUCGCCAUCCAUCUCCACUACAGCCAUGUUGCUCCAUCAACCGUGACCAUCCAGGUGUAAUGUCUGCGCAGCCAGAGGGCAAGGCGGAUGUCGCAGAUUCAGGCCAUCAAUUACUGGCUGUGACACCACCAAGGGCACUGGAACUGACGAGGAACGGGAACUCACCAACAGACAGCAGUGCUAGCCAAGCCAUCCAGCAGGGAGAGACUCAGGUGAAGCUAUCUGUCACCUCGCCAACCCGAGCUGUCCCGCCCAAUCGGGAUAGUCCCAAAAGAAAGGCAACGGACGAUAGAAGGCCCUGGUCUGUAUCCCCGCCAAGGAGUCAGCAGCAAGCAGCACGGGACGGGAGGGGGCCAUCUAUCGAGCGGACAUCGGGUGGCUCCAGCACACCGCCACAGAAGAGUAGUCCCAAGCGGAAACGACAACAGUCGGAAUCAGCAGUAGACAAUAAGAUGUCUGGAAAUAUGUCCCAUAAAUUCCCGGCCGCUGAAAAUCGGGACCGGGAAGCACUCCAGACUGCGGCUAUGAAGCUUAUGGCAGCGUUGAAAAGAGCGGGGGAACGGUCAAACGCUUCAAGUGAACUGAACGUUGCUCAGAGGACCGGACAGGGGAGUCAGCAAACGGGGCCCAAAAUAAGACAGCAGGACAUCGGCACACCGGGAACAGCACAGCAACAGCGUGGCGCGGAUACGCAUCGACUACAGAAUGGUGCCCAACCGAAACAGAAACCACAAGUGUCUGGGGAGGAGAUGCUGGAGAAUGUGAGGAUCUGGGAGCCGGUGGCCUCUGCAGGUCGUCCUCCCCGACAACCGCCACCAGGCGCCGGACCUGAGUUCACGAUGGUCUCGUACAACGUGCUCUCUCAGCACCUGUACGACCUCCAUCCGGAGCUGUACGUGGGCGCUCAGCGCGACCAGACGGACUGGGCGGUGCGCGCGCCGCGACUCUGGGACCAGCUGACCCGGCUCGGCGCGGAUAUAGUUUGUUUGCAAGAAGUGGAAGAGCGGGAUUUACAGACAUUUUGGAUACCACGGUGUAGGCAAGAAGGGUUCAACAUCAUCUUCAAGAAGCGGACCGGUAAGGACAAGAUGGACGGAUGUGCGCUCAUGUUCCGCGAGUCAGUGUUCACCCUGCAGGAUGUGGCCACUGUCGAGUACAUGCAGCCCGACUGCAAGGCGCUCGACAGGGAUAACGUCGGCAUCGUCGCUCGACUUAGCGGCGCCGGCGGUGAGCUGGCGGUGGCCUGCACGCACCUGCUCUACAACCCGCGGCGACACGACGUCAAACUGGCCCAGGUGGCGCUGCUUCUGGCCGAACUGGACCGGCUGGCCUGGUGCGGCAGCCGCCAGACCUACCUGCCCAUCCUGCUGGCGGGCGACCUCAACCUGGAGCCGCACUCGCCGGUAUACCAGUUCCUCACGCGGGGCUGGCUGCAGUACGCCGGGAUGUCGCGCAGGCAGCUGACGCCGUUCGGCGGUGGCGAGACCCUCCUCGGUCCUCUAUUGCCGCCCCAGCUCGGCGUCACCGCCUACUGCCGGCACGUGGGUGUGCAGAUGCGCCGCCUGUACGCACAGCUGUCAGAGAGCGAGCCGGAGCGACGCCGGGCCGAGCGACAUAUGCUGGCGGUGAGACACAGCGAGCACCGGCACGUGCCGCCACCGCUGCCGCUGCAGGAACUGACCUACGAGGCGUCGGCCGGGUUCCUGGCGCACGGUCUCCAGCUGGGGUCCGUGUACCGUCAUGGACAGAGGAAUAAACAGGAGGUGACUACUCAACAGCGUGAGUGGAUUACGGUGGACUACAUCUUCCAGAGCGUGUCGCCGCCUCCGGGCUCGGCGCGGCUCGAGCUGACCUCUCGGUUCGCGCUGCCCACCGCCGCCGUGUGCCGGAAACUGCAGCCGUACCCGAGCGCCGCGCUGCCCUCCGAUCACCUGCCGUUGGCUGCUCGGUUCCGACUGGUACCGCCUAGAUAGAACGGAGGAUCGGGGGGAAGUGACGAGCUGUGUACCUGAGCUGUGUCGAUUCGGGGCGAUCCGGCUGCCUUAGUGGGUCUGAUGAAACUAGAAUGAUAAUCUGGCGAACGAACUGAGAGUGACAGUGUAAAUGCGUUUGUGUUUUGACUGGAUGGUUAACAGUCAGCUCGGAGAUGCGACUGUUAAUGUGUGUUGUGCAAUGUGCACUGGAAAUGGUAGUGAGGAUGUUUCCUACUUCUUUCAAGAGGUACUUUUCAUUGGUACAAGUUUUGAAACGUCGGUGCAACAGUUUAGUGCAACUGUAUGGAAGGAUGUGGACUUUCGUGAAGCUCAGCGCAGUUUAUGUUGUGUGUGUGCUCUGUCUUCUCCAUGCCCUUCCAUCCUUUCUUUGGAAGAGGGACAGACGGUUUUCGCAAUUUUAUAGUACCCAGAAGGUUGUCUGGUUUUAAACGUUUGCACAUCAGGGCAAAUGAGAGUCAACUUCAAACGACGUGUGACAGUUUCAGAAUAGUUUUUCAUACGUUGACUCAAGUAAUUCAUGAUGCCUCGCAACUCAUGAAUACAAUGUGAUCUAAUAA